ACAUCCGGUUAGAAAAAACGCGCGUGAAGAAGGAGAAAGCAAACUUCGAACUACAGUUUUGUAAACUAUACAAGGUUUUUAACCAGCAAAAUGUCUCAACUAAAUGUGUUCAGGGAUUAUCUCAAUGAGCGAUUAAAAACGGCAGCUUUGGAGAUAUUCGCGGCCGCUGAGAAAUCGUUUGCCAAGUUCGAAGAAGAGAUUUAUCGUUCAAUCGAGGAGAGCACGCGACUGCAACGCUUGUCGGACAUUGUUACUCAACCUGAGAUCAAGCUUUACAAAACAGAUGUGCAGCAGCUCUCUCUCCCGGAACCCCAACAGAUUAAAGAGGAACAGGAGCUCUGGACCAGUCAGGAGGAAGAGCAGCUCCAAGGACUGCAGUUUGAAACUACACACUCCGUGUUCACUUCUACCAGUGUGAAACACGACUGGGAUCAGGAAGGCUUUUCUGAAGUUUCACAACUUGACCAAACUGUUAAAGUAGAGAACAGAGAGGGAGACUCUCUACCCAGCAACACAACUGAGGGGCAAAUCAAAGCAGAACCUGAUGGACAAGACUGUGCAGCACCAGAACCAGGCAGUGACUCUCAGCCCCUCUCUGUUGUAGCUGUAGACUGUCCUACAGUUCAGAGUUUGGAGCUGGAAGAACAUGAACGAGUGCUGCUUCUUCGAAACAGAACACAAAACAAUGAGGCUCUGCCAAGGCAACAUAUGCCAGAAGGACAUUAUACAAGACAAACACUACAUCAGUGUCUAAUAUGUAACAAAACUUUUAGUGAAAAAAGGGCUUUGGUUUAUCAUGUAAGGACACACUCAGGAGAGAAACCUUAUCAUUGUCAACAAUGUAACAAACCAUUUUCUGAGAAGGGUAAUCUGGUUAAACACAUGAAGACGCACACAGGAGAGAAACCUUUUCAAUGUCAGGAAUGUAGCAAACAAUUUGCUCGAAGGGAUACUCUACAUGAACACAUGAGGACACACACAAGCGAGAAACCGUAUAAGUGUCAACAAUGUCACAAAUCAUUUUGUCGUCCAUAUGGUUUGGUUAUACACAUGAGGGCACACACAGGAGAGCAUUCCUAUCAGUGUCAACAAUGUAACAAACAGUUUCCUAGGAAGGGUAAUCUGGCUAUUCAUAUGAGGACACACACAGGAGAAAAACCUUAUCAAUGUCAACAAUGUAACAAACAGUUUUCAAUGAAGUGUAAUCAGGUUGUGCACAUGAGGACGCACACAGGAGAGAAACCUUAUCAAUGUCAACAAUGUAGCAAACCCUUUUCUAAAAGUAGUUCUCUGUAUUCACACAUGAGGACACAUGUUUGAGGCCACAUGUUUUUCGGACAGAGCUUCCUCCUUAAUCUUACCAGUAAGAGUUCGCUUAAAUAGCAGUAAAAGUUCUUCAGUAGGAGUUUCCUGCUAAAACAUAUUCACAAAGCUGCUGAGACCAACUUUUGGUGGGAAUGGGGAGAAAUGUUGAGCUAAAAAAAGGAACUUGCUGCUAUGGAUGAUGUCAGAAGCUUACUAACUAUGCCCACAGUGAUUGGCUAAUAGGGGGAUGGAUCUCUUUAAAUUAUUUUAUUAUAGGAAUAUUGUGAGGUAUUAUGUUGCAAUAUGUGAAGAUUUAGAUAUAACCUUUUUUCCCAUAUUUAAAUAAAGAUGUUCAUUAGUAGGUUGCAUCACUAAUUAAAGUGAAUACAUGUUUAGUUUAAUGUCAUUCAGAUAUACAUGUUUCUCGUAAAUCAAUAGCGAAAAUGCAUAAAAGUAGUUGUAUGAAUUGUUGAUGUGGGUUCUGCAGAGGUAAGCUGAUGGUUCUGCAGAUGGAUGGCUGAGGUAUACCUAGUUCUUAGCUGGAUUUGAUUAAAGACGAUUUGUCAUGAUCGUGUAUUGUUAGGUUCUUCUGCGUUCAUCCUGGACUUGCUGUCAUAGCAACAGGUCAGUUAGCUCAGACCUGCUCGAGAGCAGGCUUAUUUAAUUUAAACAAAAUUUGAUAGUGGCUUCAUAAGCAGAGGUGAUACAAGAAGUCUGUUACUGAAGGUGCCGGGAUCAUUUGAAAGCUUUUUGAAUUAUGAUGCGGAUUGAGUGAUUGACAGGAUCCUUUAGCGCACGAUACUCUACUUUUAGAGAAAUAUUCGGUUUUCUCUUGAGGGUGUCAUUAACAUUGUUUAUUUGUUGGAACCACAUUCAAUUACAUGACAUUACAGAUGAUAAACAAAGUAAUUAUGAAAAUAUUACAAUACAAAAACAUACAGGCCAAGCCAGGGUCGGACUGGGGGGAAAAAAAGUGGCCCAGGAGUUAUGGUCACUGACCGGCCCAGUCAAUACACGGCGCGCGGCCAACUCAAUGCAUCGCACUUAUCGACCAGUCAUUGGCCUACUUGGACAAAUACCCAAACACUUAGCAUUAUUUUGGAUGAUUACAAAGAAAUUGCAUCAUAUAUUGAACUUCCGAUGUCCGUAAGAACAAAUUUCAGAAGACACUUCAGAAAUGUUCGAUUCUCCCGGAAUCCCCGGCAGCCAGUCCGCCCCUGGUUCGGACAUAAUUAUAGUCUACUGGAAUUAUAGUUAAAUUGUAGCAUGCCGGCUGUAGGUGGCCUACUGCCUAUGUUUGUUUAUUAUUAGUUGUCACUGUUAGGAUGACUAUAGGCUAAGUAGUAGACAGUACUGUCUUUAACUUAAUUUUGGGGGGCUUAUGACCUCUUCGUUGAGUUUGAAUAUAAUGUAUUUGGUAAAUGGACAGAUCAUUAAACCCAUUUUAUGCAUGGAUUUGUGUAGGCCUACAGUAUACUGUGUGUGAGAGAUUCUACUGAAUGCUGAAUGUGAGCCUACUGGCCUACAUUUUCGCACAUUAUGGGUUAUGAUGACUGAAAACAUUUAUUAUUGGCUAAUAUGUGCUGUUCACAAUAGAGGUUGCCAUUGGUUACUUUUUAUGGUUUUAUUUUAUUGCACUGCAAAUAAAUAAUACACCUACGCCCUUGAUUUAAUACCCACAUUUUGACACACCUGGGUAUGACCAAAUAUAUAAUUCUAGAUAUAAUGAAUAGUUAUACAGCAGAUUAUAAUCAACUGUAGUUAUUAAUUGAACCUCCUUUGAAGAAGAGCACGCAGAUCACUACUGUGAUCUGUUCUCUACCCAAGUUUGAUACCUCGGGUAUGUCAUCUCUACUGGGGGUGUGAUGCCAGACCCAACCAAGGUAGAGGCGGUUAGAGAGUGGCCUGUCCCCACCACCCAGGCAGAGAGCUUUAUUGGGUUAGCUUCUUAUUAUAGACAUUUUGUGAAGGGUUUUACAGAUGUUGCUCGCCCGUUGCACCAGCUAGCAGAACAGGGAAGGCGUUUUAAAUGGAGUGAGGACUGCCAGAGAGCUUUUGAUAGUUUAAAAACUAGUCUAAUUACCGCCCCUGUGUUGGCUCACCCAGACCCCAGGAAGCCGUUCAUCCUGGACACGGAUGCAAGUGAUGCAGGGAUUGGGGCAGUGUUGUCUCAGGAGUAUGGAGGACUGGAGAGAGUUAUAGCAUUUCAGUCAAGACAAUCACGUAUUAGAUUUGAGCAUUUAUUGUUACAUGACAUGGACAUGUAGAUUUA